UACACUGUUUCCUUUAGUAUUUCGAAUUAACAUGGAUUGCUCGAACAAAAAUUGCAAAAUUACUAGUUUUAAAGAACGUUUACUAACAUGUUGGCUAUGCGAUAAGCAUGAACAUUUAAAAUGUGCAGGUCUUAAUGGCCGCCAUUUUGAUGUUCUUACUGAACGCGAAAAAUAUGGUUUACGUUGGGCAUGUAUUGGUUGUAGGCCCUUAGAAAUUAACUUUUAUACUCACUUCAAAGAGUCUAAAACUGAAUUAGCAGCUUUGAAGAAGGUUUUCGACGAAGCAUUUUUAAAGCUUCAGAAUUUUGAAAAAAAGUUUAAUAAUUUUCAAUUCCCGGAUGGAUCUCCGAAACGAAAGAAAUCCUCAGUUUUUGUACCUGGUGAUGAUUUGAUCCGUUUAAAUUCACCAGCUGUGGCUCAGCCACACAACGCUGCCAAAUCUUUUGGCUCGGACAUCCCACCCUCUAUUGAUGAUAAAACUAUUGAAAUUGUUACAGGAAAUGCUCCGGUCGAAAUGCAAUCUUCUAAAACCGUACCUAUAGCUUCUCAAUUCUUAGCGCCUGCAAUUGUUGUUAACUCGUCCAGUACAAUAGCUAAUACUAUUCCUGUAAUUUCUACUGAUAACACUAAUAAGCAAACGUUAUCGUCUCCACGUUCGGCAGAACCGUUAAGGGAAGCUUCUGUUACUGCAGAAUCUAAUAAGCCUUUCGUUCUCACCAAGCCUCGAGCGGUUAUAGAAACAAAAUCUGUUCCUGCAGAUACAUUUAAAAAUAAUCUAUCUGUUUCUGCAGAUACUAUUAAUGAAAAGUCUGUUUCUGCAGACAUUAACAAUGUAAUCCUUACGCCUUCUGAUUUAAAUGAAAAGUCUGUUUCUGCAGACAAUAAUAACGAAUUCCCUAUGCCUUUGCCUACGGAUCAACUUAUUGUUGUAGCGCCGCGUAAAACUAUAUUUGUGUCUCGAUUGCAUCCCGAUACUACAGUUGAUAACCUUCGGUCUUACAUAGAAACAAAAAUUCCAAAUUUACCUGAUAAUGGCAUAAAAAUUCUUAAAUUUAACAAGUCCCAACCUCGCGAUAUUUCAUCAUUUAAAAUCAUUACUCCUGCUAAAUUAUUUAAUUUAAUAGUUAAUAGAACGUUCUGGCCGGAUGGAUUGUUGGUAAAGGAAUUUGUAUUUAGGGAAAGAACAAACCCUGUUAAUUUACCAGUUAAUCUUUCAGUUGUACCAUUGUCAAAAAACUAACUAAAUCUCUAUCUCUUCUCUAUCAAAACGUGAGAGGUCUUAACACUAAACUUAGAAAUAUUUAUUUAAAAUCCUUUUACUGUGAUUUCAAAAUUUUGGUAUUCACGGAAACAUGGUUAAAACCACAAAUUCGUGACACUGAGAUUUUAUCUGAUCAGUACCAAAUUUACAGAAAAGACAGAUUAAAUAAAAUGGGUGGAGGAGUUUUUAUUGCCGUUCAUAAUUCCAUUGCCUCAGAACGUAUUUUGGUUACAGAACACCCUAAGAUUGAAUUUGUUUGUGUUAAAUUAAACUAUCUAAAUUGUAAUUUUAUUAUAACUUGUUCAUAUAUUCCUCCAAAUUCAGACAUGGAUACUUAUCUUAUGCAUUCAGCCUUAAUAAAAGAGGUUUCAUUAUAUCAUUCCUCCAACGCGGAAAUGAUUUGUCUGGGGGAUUUCAAUCUGCCUAAUCUAGCAUGGGUCCCAGGAGAAAAUAUUGUAGAUUAUGUACCAGUAUCUUCUAUAGAACUUUCUACUGAGAUGUCAUCUUUUUGGGAAAUCUUAUUUGAGCAAUGUCUUUAUCAAAUAAAUUAUAUCUAUAAUGCAAAAGGUAAAUUAUUAGAUUUAAUUUUUUCUUCAUCCUUAACUUCUUCUGUGUGCAGAAUCCCUCCUUUCUCAGAGCCAGAGGAUAUGUAUCAUCCUACUCUUAUGGUAGCCAUUGAACUUAGUAACAUUCAAACAAAACUUACUUCAUCUCAAAAUAAGUCGCGUAAGUUAAACUUUGGCAAGACUAACGUUGAUCUGUUGCGUUCUACAUUGUCCAAUAUAAAUUGGUGUUUUGAAGGUAAUUUGGAUUUUCGUAUUUCAAGCUUUUAUAAAAUAAUUAACAAUGCAUUAGAAACCUCAGUCCCACUUGUGAAAAUGUGCUGUGAUAGGGGUCCAGUUUGGUUUACCCCACAACUUAGGCGCUUACGUAACAUAAAAAGCAGGUUAUUUAAAAAAUUUAAAAAAAUCAAUUCUACCAUAAACCUUACUAAUUAUACAAAAGCUAGAAGUUUAUACAACACUGAAAAUUCUAAAUGUUACUCUGAAUACCUAGUCAAGAUGAGAAACAGCCUCUAUAAAAAUCCUAAGAACUUUUAUAAAUUCGUUAAUUCAAAAAGAAAAGUUCGUGAAUUUUCCAGUAGUAUGCGAUUCGGAAGUAGAGAAUCGUGUGAACCUAAGGAAAUAGCAGACAUGUUUGCAGAUUUUUUUCAAAGUACGUAUUCCAAACAUUCCAAUAAAGGUGUAAAAUACUCUUAUAGUAUUAAUAAACUUAAUCAUUUUCCUCAUAUUAUUCUCACAUCAGAUGAAGUGUUGAAAGGUCUACUUUCAUUGAAAUGUUCUAAUUCACCGGGUCCAGAUGGUGUACCGUCUUUCAUUUUAAAGGCAUGUGCACAUGAACUAUAUCUUCCUCUAUCAAGUAUUUUUAAUACUUCGUUAACCCUAGGGUAUUAUCCUCUUAUUUGGCGUUCGAGCUUUAUUAUUCCAUUGCAUAAAGCUGACAGUCGAUGUGUUAUUGAAAAUUAUAGGGGCAUUGCAAAACUAAGUGCAAUUCCCAAACUUUUUGAGCGUUUGGUUACACAACGAAUAACUCAUUUCGUUACAUCUAUAGUAUCACCGCACCAGCAUGGUUUUGUUAAAGGAAGAUCAACUUUGACAAAUUUAUUAGAACUGGUCUCUAAUGUUCACACUGGAUUCUCAAAAAAUCUCCAAACUGAUAUUAUAUAUACUGAUUUCAGUAAAGCUUUCGAUACGGUGGUGCAUAAUUUGUUAAUAUAUAAACUUGACUUAAUGGGUUUCUCUACAA